AUGGACGGUAACCCGCCAACUUGUGACUUCUCCACGAAAACGAAACGGGGUGUAUACGUUUCUAAAGGCCUCGCUUUCGUCAUCCUCGUUAUUUUCACUUUAGCCUUAGUGGCAACUGCAUUUAUAGUUUACAAUUUUGCAGCGUGCCCAAGAACUGACCAAUUAGCUAACGUAACUAAGUAUGAACUAACUCAUUGUGACCAACCUAAACUUUUCGUUAUACCAUUGACAACCGAUAGUAAUAAAUCAGUCGUAACAGUAGAAACCACAACAGUUGCCGUGGAAACAACAACUGUUGAAGAAGUUGCAACGGUGACUGACGUUCGUUUGCCAACUAGCGUGAAGCCAGAUAGAUACUACCUAAAACUCACCCCGUAUAUCUUCGAAGGAAACUUCACCUUUGAUGGAGAAAUAAGUGUAAUUGUAACAGUGAAAAAUGAAACGAACCAGUUAAUCUUCCAUGGGGUUGAAUUGACGUAUCACAGAAUAAAGCUGUUGAAAAAAGAAAACGGAGAAGAGGUUCAAAUUGUACGUAGAACAGAAGACGUGCCGCGACAAUUUCAAAUUCUAACGUUGAAUGAAGCGCUUAUAGCUGGUAAGCAGUACUACUUGAAUGUAUCGUAUACGGGUAUACUCAACGAUAACCUUCACGGAUUCUACAGGAGUUCAUAUGAAGAGAAGAAGGUGAAAAGAUGGAUAGCGGUAACGCAAUUCCAGGCGACGGACGCCCGUCGUGCGUUCCCCUGCUGGGACGAGCCGGCGCUGAAGGCCCGUUUCACCAUCAGCAUCGCGCGACCCGCCAACAUGAGCUCAGUGUCAAACAUGAACAUCAUCGGGAGGCAGACACACGAGUCACUUAAGGACUACGUAUGGGACCAUUAUGCUGAAUCCCUUCCGAUGUCCACCUACUUGGUGGCGUUUGCCGUCACGGACUUUGGCAACAUGAGUGACAACAACUUCUCCGUAUGGGCGAGGAAAGAGGCCCUGCCGUCAGCCGCUUACGCCCUGGACAUUGGUCCAAAGAUCUUAAAGUUCUUGGAGGACUACUACAAAAUAGAUUUCCCGCUACCGAAAAUCGACAUGAUGGCUUUGCCAGACUUCAAAGCUGGCGCGAUGGAGAAUUGGGGAUUGCUGACUUUCAGGGAAAUAGCUAUGCUGUACGAUGAAGGCGUGUCGCCGACUACGGCCAAGGCUCGCGUGGCGUCGGUGGUGGCGCACGAGAUUGCGCACCAGUGGUUCGGCAAUCUGGUCACGCCCGCCUGGUGGUCCGACAUUUGGCUCAACGAGGGCUUUGCUAGCUACGUGGAGUACGUUGCCGUCGAUGCUGUGGAAAGUACAUGGAAAUUAAUGGAAGUAUUCGUUUUGAACGAGGUGCAGAGCGUGUUCAAGCUAGAUGCUUUAACAUCUUCACACCAAAUAUCAGUGGAAGUUGGUAACCCAGAGGAAAUUGGAGCGAUUUUUGAUAAAAUUUCCUAUGGGAAAGGUUCGGCCAUCUUGCGGAUGAUGAACCACUUCCUGACGGGUGCGGUGUUCAACGCCGGCAUCACGGCCUACCUGAACGCGCGCAAGUUCUGCGACGCGGAGCAGCGCGACCUGUGGGGCGCGCUGACCAACGCCGCCCGCGAGGCGGCCGCCUUCGACGCGGACGUGGCGGUCGUCAUGGACUCGUGGACGCUGCAGACCGGCUUCCCGGUGCUCACAGUCACGAGGGACUACCGAGGCGGCGUCGAGUUUAAACAGGAAAGAUUUGUCCUGAUCAAAAGUACGCUCGACGAUCAAAAAUCUCCCGUCUGGUGGAUACCAAUUUCUUACACGACCGCGUCCGAGAAAGACUUUGAAUCUACCAGGCCAAAGCUCUGGCUGCGAGGGGAGAGAUCGAUAGUUGUCAAGAACAUCUCCGUCAGUCGAAAUGACUGGUUCAUUGCGAACAUCCAACAAACAGGAUUUUACCGCGUUAACUACGACAAGCACAACUGGGAGCUUCUCAUAAAGAUUCUAAACGAUCCAUCUCGCUUUCAAGAGAUCCAUCCGAUAAAUAGAGCGCAAAUUAUCGAUGAUGCGAUGAAUUUAGCGCUUUCGGGUCGUUUGGACUAUAUAACGGCCUUAGAUAUAACCAGCUAUUUAUCGCACGAAAGAAGCUACGUUCCCUGGAAGGCUGGAUUAGUUGCUUUGGGUUACAUCGAUACAAUGCUGUCCAAAGGCGCGUUUUACCUGGAAUAUAAGCGUUACGUGUUGCGGCUGGUAUCCGGGGCUGUGCAAGAGCUUGGGUGGCAGGUGGUGGGUGGCGAGAGCGUGGUGCGAGCCCAGCAGCGUGUGGACCUGCUCUCCACGGCCUGCCAUCUGCAGCACGUUGACUGCCUCGAGCACGCGGUCCGUCUGUACACCAACUGGAUGCUCAGCCCCAACCCUGAUGCCUAUAACGAAAUACACGCUGACCUUCGGAGUACGGUGUACUGCGUAGGCGUGCAGACUGGAGGGGCGCGGGAAUGGAGGUUCGCUUGGGACCGCUUUACCGUCGCAAGUUCACCCUCAGAAAGAGAGCUCCUUCUAUCGGUAUUAGGCUGCACUAGAGCACCACACUUGUUGUACAGAUAUUUGGAUUUGUCUCUUCGUAACGACAGCGGCAUCAGAAAACAAGACACAGUUAGAGUAUUUUCAGCAGUAGCCAGUUCUUCCAUCGGUGAACCCAUCGCUUUCAAUUUUGUACGAGCUAACUGGAAAAGACUAAAAGAAUACGUUGGUUCCAUAUCUACAUUGAAUUCAAUCGUGAAAGUGGUUACUAGAAGGCUGAAUCAAGUCCACGAGUACGAAGAGUUGCAGAGAUUUGUGAACGAAUCGUGCAGUGAGUUGGGUAGGCCGGUGCAGCAAGUGCUGGAGAGAACUGAAGCCAAUGUGCAGUGGAUGCAACGGAACUAUCAAACUAUCAUCGAUUGGUUGCUGGAAGUUGACAAAGCUGCGCCUACUGUGGCUGAGGCA